AUGGCAGCCGGCGCCGGCAAGUCGUCGAAGGAGGCGGACCCCGCGCGGUGUAGGAGGCACCCGAAGCACCGGCACGCGGCCGGGGUGUGCCCGUUCUGCCUACGCGAUCGCCUGUCGCGCCUCUCCGCCGCCGCGGCCGCCUCCGGCUCCGCGCGCGCCGGCGCCUCCGCGUCUUCGUCAUCGUCGGGCUCCUCGCCGUGCUCGUCGUGGGAGGAGACCGUGGCGCAGUCGUCGUCGGCACAGGCGCCACGGCAGGCCCGCCGCGGGAGCCUCGCGCUGCUGCUGCGGCAGGAGGGCAGGGAGGCGGCGGCGCUGGCCGCGGGCCGCCGAGCGGAGCAGGAGGAGGAGAGGAAGGCGAAGAGGGGCAACUUCUGGGCGCGGCUGCAGCAGCAGCUCCACCACGGUGGCUGGCACAAGAAAGACGUGUGCUCGGUGGCCGCAGAGAGACAGAACGCCGCGCAGCACAAGCGGGCGCCGGUGGUGUGA